AUGACGGAUUACAAAGACGCCAUCUUACGAGCUUACGAGCAGGCAUGCGACAAACCAGACACUAUGACUUGGGGCGACCUCAUACUUAAGACGGGAUCAAAGCCCGAUCAGAAGAUUCGAGUGAUGAAGUUCGUGCUGGAGUUGUCGUCGCCUGUAUUCCUUGCAGCUUUCAAGGAGAACAACUUUUCGAAUGCCGCCAGCCUCGAGUACGUGAUUACUGGAUACUCGGAGACCGUGGUCAAAUCCGCCAUCAGACGUCUGAAUGGAUAUGCUCUUGACGAUAUUGAGAACUUCGACGCCGAAGCAAUCGAAUUUUACAUGGAGAUCUAUCUCUUUGCGAACGAGUAUCAGCUGACUUCAGUCAAACGAGAUAUUAUUGAGCGCUUGAUAUUCUGGAUGUCUCAUCUCUGGCACAACGACGGAAGCCCACUGGUGAAACACAAGGAGGAUGAAAACUAUCGCCACAGACCUCUUUUCGAGCAACUAUUUGAGAGUAUCAUCACGCUUUACGACUCGAACGCGUUGUAUGACUUGGACACCAGCUACAAGGACAGUCUUCUCAUCAGCACGGCACGGUUCUGUGAUAAGAAAAAGCCCGGAUACGUGGCAGAGAAAUGCAAGUCCGCGGAUGAGAAGUACAGCGAGAUGACAAUGCAUAUUUCCGCCUAUCGAGAAGAAUUUCGGGAGCCUUGUUAUCUAUACAAGCGCUGUUCUUGUUAUGAUGGGUGUCACUGCGUAUUCGGCACCACAGAGAUGAUAAAGGCAACUGCAGCACGCCAGUUGACACCGCUAGUAUACCAAUAG